AUGGAGGAACUGGCCCGGGAGAGCAUCAGCCUGCUGGCCCGCUCCGCGUCGCACGCCGCGCCGCCGCGCCUCGGCUCGGUCGGCGCCGUGUUCAUCCUGCUGAAGUCGGCGCUGGGAGCCGGACUCCUCAACUUCCCCUGGGCCUUCGACAAGGCGGGAGGAGUCACCACCGCCGUCAGCGUGGAGAUGGUGUCUCUGGUGUUCCUGAUCAGUGGCCUGGUGAUCCUGGGCUACGCCUCCUCCGUCAGCAGACAGAACACCUACCAGGACGUGGUGCGGGAGGUCUGCGGACAGGCCAUCGGCCAACUCUGUGAGCUCUGCUUCUGCUUCAACCUCUUCAUGAUAUCCGUGGCCUUCCUGGUGGUGGUGCAGGACCAGCUGGAGAAACUGUGCAUCUCUUUGUAUGAGGCGGUGAUCGGAUCUGUCGAGGGCGAAAUGCCGUAUUACUGGUACACUGACCAGCGAUUUGCCCUCUUCGUCAUGUGCCUCAUCUUCAUCCUCCCUCUCUCCAUCCCCAAAGAGAUUGGUAUCCAGAAGUACACCAGUGUGAUGGGCACGUUAGCUGCUACGUAUCUCUGUGUGUCCGUCAUCAUCAAGUACUUCUUGAUGGAGGACCACACGGCCAUCAUAACUCCAGAGCACACCCAAGGUGCAAGUUCAUGGGCAUCGAUGUUCAGUGUCGUACCGACCAUCUGCUUUGGCUUCCAGUGUCAUGAGGCCUGUAUAGCCAUCUACAGCAGCAUGGAGAAUCAGAAGCUCUUCCACUGGGUGAUCAUCGCCGUCAUUUCAAUGCUUUUCUGUCUUCUCAUUUACACUCUCACCGGUGUGUACGGCUUCCUGACAUUUGGACACGGCGUGGCAUCGGACAUCCUGAUGUCAUAUCCGGGAAACGACGUGGUCAUGAUCAUUGCCAGGCUGCUUUUUGGAAUCUCGAUCAUCACCAUCUAUCCCAUCAUCCUGCUGCUGGGCAGGUCGGUGAUCCUGGACUUGAUCAUGCGCAUCCGGAGACGUUCGCGUGGCGUUGUGACGCACUCCUUCGAGAACCGCAGCAGGGUGGUCCUAACCGUCCUGUGGAUCACCGUCACGCUCCUCAUUGCCAUGUUCGUCCCUGACAUGAGUGAGGUCAUCAGCAUCAUAGGAGGAAUCAGUGCGUUCUUCAUCUUCAUCUUCCCCGGUCUUUGCUUGGUGUUCACAAUGCAAACAGAAUCUGUGUCUCCUAAAAUCAGGGUGCUCCUCACCACUUGGGGCGUCAUAACGAUUGUCGUCGGGGCCUUUAUCUUUGGACAAAGCACAACUAUAGCCAUCAUGGAGCUUUUCCAUAAAUUCUGA